AUGACAACGUUGAAACACAAGACCAAGAAGGAGGAGGAGACCAAUUCGUCUGCUGAAGAGUACAGUGGAGCUGAAGCGUCUAGUUCUGAUGUAGAUGCUAGUGGUAGCGAAGAGUCUCAAGGCGAGGACAACGAAGAUGAAGAUGGUGAUGAAGAGGAGGGAGAUGAAGAGGAAGAUGAAGACUUUCCAAGGAAGAAGAAGGCCAAGAUGAACAAGCAUGAUGACGGUUCCGCUGGGUUUUCGCAGGCGUUGAAUGCUAUAUUGGGCUCACAUUUGAAGGCAUAUGACAGAAAGGAUCCUAUCAUGUCUAGGAAUAAGAGUGUAUUAAAGCAGAAUGAAUCACAGAAAUUAGAACUUAAGGCAAAGAAAGCACUGCUGGCAGAGAAGAAGAAACUUUUGAACAAGACGAGAAAGAAGGAAGUUAUACCAACGGUGUCAGAUGAGAACAAAUCUGGUGAAGAGAUCAGAAAAAUCAUAGAGAAAGAAACUAGAUUGAGAAAGAUUGCCCAAAAGGGUGCUGUUAAGUUAUUCAAUGCCAUCUUAUCCACUCAAGUGAAAACUGAGAAGGAAGUGUCUGAGGGCUUCACUGAUAUCAAGAAUAGAAAGGAAAAGAAACAGUUAAUUACAGAAGUUUCAAAGGAGAAAUUUUUGGAUAUGGUUAAGGCUGCUGCUGAUGACGAUGAAUAG